CGCCUCCUGCAGCCGCUGCACCGCCGUCAGCGCCACCCUCCGCCCCGCCUCCUCGCACCCAGCAGCCUCCCCACCGCCCCCGCCACCCAUCCCAGGCUCCGCUGUACCGGUGGCCCUAGUACCUCCGCCGGGUAGCAGCAGCGGUGGCAGCGGAAGCAGCACCCGUGGUAGGGACCGAGCCGCAAGCGAACAGAGCCCACCGUCACCACAGCAUCAACAGCAGUCACAGCAACGGUGUCAUGCACCUCGGCCGCCUCCAACACCGCUGCCGCCGCUGCUGCCACCGCCGCAGAAGCAGCAGCAACCGCCACCGCAGCCAUCAGUUCCCCGUCAGCGCAGCCCCCGCCUGCUGCCUCCCGAGUUGCGGUACCCGGGGGACAUCCGCCCGGAAGAUGGGCCCCACUUGCGCAGUGAGGUUAGGAUGGUGCCCUUCCUCACGCCGCGUGGCACCCCGCCGCCUGCGGCUGCCGGGGCUCGAGGCGACAACCCCAAGCUGAGGUAUCGGGGUGAGGACGGCAGGGCUAAGAAGGUAUUGCACAUCUUCUGCGGCAUGGGAGGUUUAUGCAUGGCGUCUGGGCGAGAGCCAAGCGGAGCAGGCGGCGGCGGCGGAGGAGGAGGAGAAGGAGAAGGAGAAGGAGGAGGGAGUGGAGGUGACCGCGUGGGGACGGGCCCCGCGGUUGCGGAUGGUCCCGAGCUUGUGGACGCAUGGGCCGUGGACUUGGACGACAGCGCGGCGCUGACCAUGUGCGCUAACAACCGCGGCACGGUGACCUACCGCUGCAGGGUGGACGAGUUCCACCAGCUGGUGCUGAGGUACAACCUCCUGUGCGACCUGCUGGAGCUGCCUCGCAGCAAUCCGCGCACCAGCAACAGGAGCCCCGCGGAGGACCCUGCCGCAGACCCUCAGGUUGUGACUCCUGUUGCUGUUCCCUCUGACAUGGGCACCUGCACCAGUGGAUGUGGCGGUACUGCUGUUGCUGCUGCAGACGGCGGCAACGACGGCGGUGGCAGCGGCAGUGGCAGCGGUGGCGGCAUCAUCAACGUGGCCGCCAUGCGUCUUGGGUGCCGGGGAAAGUAUGACAAGAGCAAACGAAAUCUCCGGCGAUUUGAGAAGCGGCAGCUGCGGCGGCCCCUGAACUGCAAGACCUGCUGGCUGGAGGUGCUGGUGGAGGGGGACGGAGGGGCCGAGUGGAGUCAGCUGGAGCAGCGCUGGCGACGUAAGGAACGCCGCCCCGCUGCUGGCAGCCCCGGGGGCAAUGAGGCUGGCGGCGGCGAUGCCACCCCUUCUGGCCCCGCAGCGGUCCCCGCACCCCCCCUUUGGCUCCCUGUGUGUGUGCUGCUGGAGGGGCCGCAUGCGCAUCCGGCGCACAGGCAACAGCUGUACGACUUCCUGGCUGUGGUGCAGGAGGAGGAGUUGCUGCCGCGUCGUGGUGACGUGUUCAUGGUCACGAUGGGGCCGCCCUGUCAACAGCUGUCGAACAGCAACCACCACGCCCCCCGGAAUCACAUCAUGUCGGACAGCAAGAACCGGCUGGCGGUGCCGGGGCUGGGGGUGGUGGAGGUGCAGAGGCCGCCGCAUGUGCUCGUGGAGCAGGUGACGGCAGGCGCUUGGAAGGAUGGGGCGGUGUGGACUCGGACGGUGCAGGGGCGGCUGUCCAAGCUGGGCUACCAAAACAAGCUGGCUGUUGUGGCAGCAGGUGACCACGGUGCAGCCCAGGACCGCCAGCGCCUCUUCAUUGCGGGGGCAGACACGGGUCGCCAGCCCAUGGCUGUGCCCCUUCCCACGCACCGGCACAAGCACAGACUCAAACACAAAUCCCUGCAGGACUGUCGGCCCACCCUCCCCGAAGGCCACCCUCCGCUGCUGCCGCCCAGCCGCUGCGGGGAUGCGUUGGCGGGGCUGAGUGCGACCGGGAACUACGCCAUGAGCACUCUGGGACUGGCAAGCAGCGGUACCAGCAACGGCAACGGUAGUGACGGUAACGGGACCAGCGGCAGCGGCGCCAGAGGAGGCAGCGGCGGCGACGCCAGCGGCGUCAGCGGCGGCAACGACAGCAGCGACAGCAGCAUGCUCCAGCACGUGCUAGCUUCCGCAAAUCCGCCCCCGGGCACAACCAGCCGAGAAGUACGGCUGGCAGUUGCGUACGCCUUCACCGCGAUCAGCAACGCUUGCCUGGCCCGCGCCGUCCUGGGCUUGUACGAACUCGAGUACGAAUACCAGCUACGGCGGUGCUGCGGUGACGUCCAACGGCGCACGCGCGGCACGGCGCGGGAUCUGGGGGAGAUCGAGGCGGAGGAGGCGGCGGCAGCGGGGCUCACGGCGGCAGCGGGGGCCUCAGAAGCAGCGACGGCGGGCGUGGUUGACGUCGGCGGCAGCGACGGUGAUGCCGACAUUGAAGUGGUCCGGAACGGAGGUGCCGGGCGGCGGCAGGAUGCAGCAGGCCGUGAGGGCCAUGCAGGCAGUGCUCCUGGUGCCCGCCGUACGGGCGGCGGCGAUGUCGCGGGUUGCAGCACUGCGAAGGAUGCGGAGCAGGGGGAGGCGGGCAGGCGCGUGGCUCACCAUCAUGCGCUGGCGGCGUUGGGUGAGGCGUUGAGCGGAGGCAAGAAGCUCGGCGAGGCAGCCACGGGACGGAUAUACGCGCAAGGAAGAGGUCGGCAAAAGCAGCGCCAGUCGUGUACGAGCAAGAAGCUGGCGGCCAGUCGAGAGGUUGGAACGCAGCUAUUGCAAGCUGCUCAGAAGGCGGUUGAGGAGUUUACAAAGGUGUACGACACCUUCCGUAAGGCCCUGCAGGCCGAACUGCGGCUAGCCAGGGGAGAGGACGAGCCCCAGCCCAAGCCUGAGCCCGAGCAGGCGGCUGCAGCAGAUCCCGGCCCCUCGACUAGGGGGCCUGGCUCGCGCCCUGAGUGCUCCCAUAAUGGUGGGUCCAACAUGCCAUGCGGUGUUGCUGGUGACGGAGGCGGCGGCGGCAGCGUUGGUUGUGGCGGUGGUGGCAGCGGGGGCAGCGGCGGGGGCAGAGGAGGAGGCUGUGUGUUCGUGGCAAACCACGCCGCGGUGCCGCAUAGCCCGGCUGACGUUCAGCGCAUCGCCCGCAUUCCAGAAGCGGGCAGCAGGAACGUUCGGCUGGUUGAAGACCCAGGUGCGCUCGAGGCGCUGCUUCCCGGCGGCGAGCCGGUGAUCCCCCCCGGACACAUGUGAGUGCCGUACCGACAGCACUCGCUGGUCGAAACCGCGCUGGAUGAAUGACCGUUACCGUUAUGCUGUUUUGUAUCACGGUAUGCAGCCUCCUAUGCUCCGCCGUACUGGAAGUUGCGCUUCCUGUGCACACACUACGCGCCCUACUGCAUAUUGAACUGACGUUGGUGGUCACGUGGCCAGCAAGGGCACGGCAUGAAUGAGUGACGGUCUGCAGUCGUUGCCAAGGAAGUGAAAGUUACGCCGGGCAAGCCCUGGCGUGUAUUAAGCGGGUGCGGCAUUGAGAGUUGACCUCACCUGGAAGCCAGCACCGCCGUUGUUCCCAACAAUGUUACGCACGGGGGCCACAGGGGGAGCGCUGCCAAGCUGGCCAGCGUGCAUGCUCAUUCGAUGCCCAUAUUGCCUGCGUUGCCCCCACCCCCACGCCUAACCCUGACCCAUCCAUGGCAGCCGGGCACAAGGGGACAGGAGGCAGAGAACCCGGGGCCAGGUUGAGGGCUACACCCGGCUCGGACGCAACCGCGUGCUGGGAGUCAUCGACAGCUGCCCCCGAGCCGCAUACCGUCGCAUCGUGCACUGGCGCCAGAACCGCACCCUAGCAGUGCGGGAGCUCAUGCGCAUGCACGGCAGCCCCGACUACUACGUCAUUUGCUCAGCGGCUGCAGCUACGGCAGGCGUACGGCUGGCCUCACUGCCCGGCGGCAUCCUGCCGUACCACCUGGUCAUUGAAAUGGCGCUCGAGGACCUGGAGGCGGCCCGGCAGGUGUGGGCGGGGGAACCCGACGCAGACUACGCAGAGCUGCUGCUGCCGCGGCGCCGCCCGGCCAGCAGGCCAGCGGCGAGGGCACGUCACUCGCCUGCAGGUGCCAAGAAGAAGGCUGAGGCGGUGGUGAGGAGGGCUUGGCAGGCGGUGCGUGAUCAGCGGGCGGAGGAGCAGCGGCUGCUUGCGGACAGCGUGUCGCCGCUGGUGGCGGGUGCAUGGGCGGGAGAGCUGCGGCAGGCGACGGCGGGGGUGAAGGUGC